AUGCUUCGAGUGGGCGAGGCCCAGGAUGUGCUUUCCAUGGUGCAGCUGCCCAGGGCCAAGGACGGAAAGUCGUGCUUGUCCUUCAUCCACAUCCCGAAGACCGCAGGCGGCGCCGUCGAGGGUGCGUCCUUGGAGGCCCACGGACGGGAAGCAAAGCCAGACAGCGUAUGUUGGGGAAAUUCUACAAAUGAGAGUCCAAUGUGGGGCAGAUGUGAUGUCAAUGUGUGGAAGUGCACAAAUUAUUCGGGGGGUACAAGGCAGAAGCGAGGGCCGCUUUGUCUGCUUCCGGACAACAUGCCAACGAGCACGCCGGAGACCAUUCGCAACCUCGCGCUGAAAGACGGCUGCAGCCCCUGGCAUCUCCCUCCUGCCUUCGAGCCGAGUCUGGCGAGGUACUACUCGGAGCAAUGCGAUUCCUUCUGCAUCGUGCGGGAUCCCAUGCAGAGGUUGAUCAGCCACAUGAGAAUGUACCACAACUUGCAGGUCUGCGACCAGAAAAAGUUGGAAAGUCUGACGAGGAGCUUGCUGAACAAACUUGACCUCAAGGACGACUGUCAUGGCGUGCCUCAAGUGUACUAUGUGUUCCGUGACGGCAAUCCCAACGCGCAGCGCAUCUGUGGCAAUGUCCUGAAAUACGAGGAGUUGAACCAGAGUUUCCCUCGUCUGAUGGAGACUUACGGAAUCUCUCAGGUGAAGUCACUUCCGAAGUUACAUGAAAAUAUGGGACACUGCACGGUGAGGCCGACGCCCGCCACCAUAAGCAUGGUGCGGGAGUUCUACGCCCGGGACUAUGAGGCUUUUGGCUACGAGAUUCCAACGAAUAGCACCGUGAUCCCGCUGUAA